AUUGUUUUUUGUAUUUUAUAGAUACUUGUUUAAGGAAAAAUUUAACUUAAAAAGUGUAAUGUAAACAUAUAAAAAUGUCAUUUUUAAAUUACAAUACAUAUAUAAAACUAUAAAAAAAGAAAAGUGAAAUCAAAAUUUUCCUAAAAAAGAUAUAAGCUACAUUGUUAAAAAAAAAAGACAAAUCAAAUAUAAUAUGAGUACUCCGCCUACAUAUAAGUAUUUGAAAUGUCUAUACUAUUUCAUUGAAUGAAUCGAUAAAGGAUAUGUUCGUAAAGAAUUUUGUGUGUAAACAUAUUUUCAUAAACUAAAUUGAAAUAUAACUAAGUUUAGUUAUUUCUAUAAAAUUAAAAAGUCAAUAAUAAUUAAAAUGAAUUUAUUACUAAUUCGAGUUAUUCUUCAACUUGCUAUUCCGUAUUUAUACAAUUGCGUAGAAGUUCAUUUCGAAUCAGCUGAUAGUGGAUUUUUUCUAAAACACUCGCGACAGGCUCCAGUAACGCCUGAUAUAUCAACAACACAUUCUUCGCUACUACCUCCACUGAAAUCACGAACUGCUUAUGAUUCAGUGUUAUCUGUGGAUCGGUUUACCGUCGUACAAACAACACAAGCUGUGUCUAUAAGAGCAAGCUAUGGGCCCUUUUCUACAAAACAAACAGUACCAGCCAGAUAUAUUGUGCCAGAUAUUAUUGAAAAUCAACCCGAUUAUUUAAAUAACACAACUGCAGCUUUAAUUGAACUACAACAGUCAAAUCUUCACUUGGACAUAUCAGCACAUUUAGUUAGUACUGUCGUAUCACAGGACUCUCCAGUAUUGCGUGUUCUUUUUCAUGCAGGUGCCGAUCCUGGUGGACAUUUACAACGACAAAAAAUAUGUGUAUUAUUACAUGUUUCUAGUAAUAAUCAUUUACCAAUUAAAGGCAGAUGUAUGCCAGAGGGAGAAGAUGGAGUUUGUGUUGCCGAGGUUGUUAUACCAUUUAAUUGGUUUCAUACGCUACCACCACCUCGUAAAGAACAUUCGAAUAGUACCCCUAGCAAAGUCCCACAACGUCUUGUUCAAGUUUCAUACAGCGUGUUUGAGCCUCCGAUAAGGAAUCCAGAGUUAUGCGAACCAAAAGUGCAAAUACAGCCUUUAACCAGUUUCGCACAAGUUCCUCUUGUAACGCCUUUAGAACCAUUUAAGGAGUUUAAUGUUGACGAAUCUCUUAUUAUUCUUUUGCCACAACAACCUCUGUAUCCAUUGUCUAAAUUUCAUGUGCCCGUUUUUUUGCAACAAAAUCCAGAGAAAAAUAUUUCAUCAUUUACCGUAAAAGCUCGUAUAAAAUCAGGAAUCAAAAUAAUAGGAGCAACUGCAUCAUCAGACUUGUGGAACAUUUCAAUAGAAAGAGAUAACACAAAGCAUUCUACAGUACGUGUCACAGCUAUAAAAAAGAAAUUUGAAAAUAAUACUUCGUCAACAAUAAACGAGAGAAGAGUUAAUGAAAUAUUUACUUGUUUGUUGGAGGUUGCUGAUGAUACAAAAGAUUUAAUAGAAGGUGGCAAAAUUGUUUGGUCCGUUACCUACAUAUAUGAUAAUCCAAAGGAUGCAUUAGGCGAUCUUUCGCCUGAAGAUAAUAAAAAAAGAAUAAUUGUUAAACUUGAAGUUAAUAAAGAUGAUACACAAGCAGUAUUGCCAAUGGCAAAGAACUGGGAAUUGAUGAAUACUGCAGUGCUAACAGGACGACAGGUCGCCCAAGCAAUGAAGGUUUUUAUUGUAUCACAGGGAGGAAAAGUGGCAGAUGUUACUUUACAAAGUUCAUGUUUUGCUGAAGAUGAAAGCGUUAUUAAGGUUUCUUCGUCUUGUAGUUCUGUAUACGUUGAUGGCUCUGAAAUACGUGGUUCAUCAAAUGCUUCAAUAAUCGUAAAAUACGGUACAUAUAUUGGACUUGCAAAAUUUAUAGUUUGGAUGCCAGAAUUUCCACUUGAAGUAUUCGUUAGUGACUAUAGAUUAUCUCAAAUAAAGGGAUGGAAAGUUGUUGAUGAGCAUCAUUAUAUGUAAGUAAUAAAU